GCCCCUCCAAAUGGUGCCUGCCAGUAACCUACUUUCCCCUCUGAGCUAUCCCAUCAUUCAUUUGGAGUGGGCGUGAGCUCACGCAGCAGCAGCAUCACAAAGGUUCAGCUCCUCCCUGCUGUAUCCUGGAGAGACAGACAGAGGGAGGGAGAGACAGAGACAGGAUCAGGGUCAGAUGAAUUGAAGUCUGAGUGACGAAGGCAGUGUGUGCAAAUGAAGAGGAGAGUGUGUCUGUAUGUGUGUGUGAGAGGACGAAUCAGGGAGGGUUAGAGAGAGUUGAGGGGCAGAGGGGGGGAUUGUGUGUGUGAGAGAGAGACAGACAGGAGAUCCAGGCAGGAGGAGGAAGGGAACAUAAAAUAAGGAAGGAAAAAGGGGGGCAGGAGGAAGAAGACAAGACAAGGGGACACAGAUUAAGACGGAAGAUGGCUGAGACAGAGCUGAAAUCACGGAGCAGUCGGGAGAGCGUUGCCAAGGCGGCGAGCCAAGAGAAGAUGGGAGCUGAAGCAGACCCAGACCAAGAUGGUCUGAUUGUAGAGCAGCCAGCGUCACCAUCUACCCCCAUGGUCCCUGCUCCCGCUGCCACAAGCCCUACUGAUGGCUCACCUGCCAAAGGGGAGAAGAUUGAGCUCAAACGUAGCAUCACCCUCUUCAAUGGUGUGGGAAUGAUCAUAGGCACCAUCAUCGGCUCUGGCAUUUUCGUCACUCCAACAGGCGUGGUCAAAGAGACUGGUUCAGCAGGGCUCUCCCUGAUCGUCUGGUCUGCCUGUGGGGUGAUCUCUACCAUGGGUGCCCUAUGCUACGCUGAGCUGGGCACAACCAUCACCAAGUCGGGGGGAGACUACACUUACAUCCUGGAGGUGUAUGGUGAACUGGCAGCCUUUCUAAAGCUGUGGGUGGAGAUGCUCAUCAUCCGGCCGUCAUCACAGUAUGUGGUGUCGCUGGUGUUUGCUACCUACCUUCUGAAACCUCUCUACCCAAACUGCAGUGUGCCCGACAGUGCUGCCAAGCUCAUUGCCUGCCUGUGUCUUACCUCCCUGACGUUUGUAAACUGUAUCAGUGUGAGAGCGGCCACCAAGGUGCAGGACAUGUUCACGGCCUCCAAAUUGCUAGCUCUGAUCAUCAUCAUCCUCUUUGGCUUCAUCCAGAUUUCCACAGGUGAUGUGCCGUACCUGACACCAGAAAAGGCAUUUGAAGGCAGCAAACUGGGAGUGGACAAUAUUGUCUUGGCUCUGUACAGUGGUCUCUUUGCUUUUGGAGGCUGGAAUUACCUGAAUUACGUAACGGAGGAGAUGAUUAAUCCAGAGAGAAACCUGCCCUUGUCCAUCAUCAUAUCCAUGCCUAUAGUGACGGUGGUUUACGUUCUGACCAACCUGGCUUACUUCACAACCAUCUCUCCUCAAGACAUGGUCAAGUCCGAGGCUGUUGCUGUGAGCUUUGGGGAGUACCAUCUUGGUGUGAUGUCCUGGCUGAUUCCUGUCUUUGUGGGACUGUCCUGCUUUGGAGCCGUCAACGGAUCCCUGUUCACCUCAGCACGGUUGUUCUAUGCUGGAGCUCGAGAGGGUCAACUCCCUGCUGCACUGGGAUUGGUCCACACAGACCUCUUCACACCGGUGCCGUCCCUCAUCUUCACAUGUCUGCUGUCCAUGAUGUAUGCCAUCUCUCAGGACAUCUUCUCUGUCAUCAAUCUCUUCAGCUUCUUCACCUGGCUGUGUGUUGGUAUGGCCAUUGCUGGCAUGCUCUGGCUGCGCUUUACCAAGCCCGACCUCCGAAGGCCCAUUAAGGUGUAUCUGUUCAUCCCUGUGACUUUCGUUUUGGGCUGUGUCUUCAUGAUCGUUGUGUCCUUCUGGGCAGCUCCGUUUGAGUGCCUGGUAGGCAGCAGCAUUAUUCUCACAGGCAUCCCGGCAUACCUACUGGGCUACAAGUGGAAGAAACCCCAUGUGGUCAAGAAGAUGCUGGAAAUCUUCACCAUGUUCUGUCAGAAGAUCUUCAUGUCUGUGCCUGAGGAGAGGGAGCGACAUGAGGCGGCUGAAUAAUGCUGGACAGACUGAACAAGAUGAAAGACUGAGUCAGUAUUUUCAUCUGAACGCAGGGGCGUAACACAAAAUUCUGGAUCCUGUACGUAAUCAUUCUCUACGGGCCCCUCCCCGCAUCCAUGGCUAUUCAUUUGAGUAUUUGUGGGCCCUCCUCACAUGAGGGCUCUGAAUAAUCAGUCCCCCUUUCCCCCCAGUCCUAUGCCCCUGUCUGAAUGUUCUUGAUAUGUUUACAUUCUUUCACUUGUGAUUUGGCUACAACAGUUUUUCGUAAAAACCUUUAUCUAACCAGGCAGGUAAUCGUGGAACAAAUUGGUAUUCACAAGGGUGGCCUGGCAGUCUUGGUAAAGGAGGGUUUACAUGAACGUAUGCUCUUGUGUACAAAGUGUGAAGGCACAUUAUAUGAACACUACAAAAUGUAAAAAAUUUGAAAUUCUUAAGUCGGGUUUUGACAUUUAGACAUUUUCCACUGCUUUUAUUAUAAAUCUAUUUUACAAUUGUAUCUCCUUUAAUGCUAGAACAUGCUUACAUGUUGCAUGUUAGUUACUGGAGUCAUGCUCUGAUCUUAAAAUGUGAGUCAUUUUUGCAGGCACACAAUUAAUUGUAUACUGCAAACACAGCAUUAGAAGCUGCAUACAAUAUAUUCUCUAGUGGCCUGAAACCUGCAAGUGUAUUGUUCACCUAAAGUAUAUGUGAGCAGCUUAGCGAGAAAAACAAUUUUUUACUUUCUUUACUUCUAUUAAACACUAACAGCCAAAAUACGCAUAGUUUACAGUUUUAUAGAAUAUGAACACUAAUGACUUGUGAGUUAAACUCUCUGCCACAGUUAAUGAUGUAUGGACUAAUUUGAGGUAGAAAGACCUCACAUAAGAAACAAUCACUGACAGUGUACAGUGUAUAAAUAAGGUCAGGGUUAGAAAAGGAAAUGGUUAACUAGCAUAACACUGAUUACAUUACACUCAUGCGCUACUAAUAUUUAUGUUAAAUAGCAACUGAUUUCAAUGUUUGUAUUUUUUGUAUUCAUUUGUAAAAUUAAUCCACAGCACUAUCUUAAAGCACAAACUAAAGUGAGAUAAAACAGAAUAUGUAAUGUUUCCUUAAGAUGUGUUGCUGUGAAGCAGGUCUGUUUCUUGUAUCAUUUUAUUCUGACAUCAAACCACAUCACAGUCAGUGAUCCAUAUGUGAUGAUAUUGGAUGAUAUGCCAGUAAAAAUAUCCUAGCACCUGUUUGUGAGGCAUUAUUAUAAGAAACUGAAGGCCUGUAUAGAUGUCAUUCUGGUUAUAUUUAGUAAACUCAAUUGUAGUGUUAGUGAUUUGUAUUGUGUGUGUCUAUAAUCUGUGCCAGACAUGUCAGUGCUGAUAUUCCAGUUUUUUUGUUUUAUUGUCACUAUAAGACCAGAAUGAAUGUUACAAAUUAAGUGACAUCAGCUUUGCUUUUAUUUUUUUUAAUAGGAAAUGUACCUAUAAAAUAUUACUUUUGAAUGGAAUAUCUGAGUUUUCCCCAAAGUUAUUGCAAGCACUUUGCCAGUCUACUCAAGAUCCCAGAGGGAAAAAAGUCUCUGAGGAAAAUGAAGGUUGUGUGGGUUGGGAGAGGUUUCUGGAUUUUGAGUUUGAGUGGAGAGACAGUUACCUUAAACAUCAACUAUUGGUUAGUGGAUUGUCAGCCUCUACUCAUUGCGCUGACAGUCCAGGUUUUGCAGGACACUGUCAAAUCAACUGGAAAUGCAUAUACUGAAAUUGGAUAAAUUGAGCUAAAGCUUUCAGAAUUUCUCACAAUGGCAGACAGCAGAACCAGGGAAAGGCCAGUAGAAAAAUUACGUCCAACAUGUUUAUUUUCUUAGUCAGAACAUCCUGUUUGCGACGGGAGAUUAAAUGUUUUCUUUCUAUUUUGAGAAACACAAGUGCUUUUCAACCAUCAUCUUGUUUUUUUAAUGGAAAUUGGACCAAGGAAUCAGAACAAAUUGGGCAAUACUCAAUCAAAGUUUAAAAAUACAACCAUGGAAAUCAAUUUCCAUGUAAAGGGAGAGGGAAGCGCAUCUGUAAUUACCACCUAAUGACAAUGUCCCCCUAAAGCAUCUAAUGUGUACACCAGAUUUUAAGAAAAAGGAAGUUCAUAUGGAAGUUUAUUACAAAUGUUUAAACACAAUGCACCUUUUCAGCUCCAUGAUUUAUUCAUCUUCAAUGGUCAGAUUGGUGCAAGCACAACAAUAAACAGCACAAUGCUUGAAGGAAGAAUUCUGUAUGUGCACUUGAUAAAUCUGAUGAAAUUAAACCAGAGGGCACAUGUGUCUAAAAAACACACAGUAUAUCAUUGAUUGUGAAUAUGAAGAGCAAUGGUUUCUGCACGCCCCAUCAUAUUUUAUGUUAUAUACAACAUACUGUAUUACUGUGUACAAAGUAUUACUGUAUGUAUGAACUGAUAAUGCCAUUAAUGGUAUUUACCUAAUGAAAUGUCAUGGAAAAAAAACUCUAAUAGCAUAUUUUUAAUCUUAAAAACUGAAAGUACCUAUGACAAUUACUGUAACUGUUGUAUGUCAGUGACCAUGGCAGGUAUAUGUAACAAUAGAAAUAUUUUUGUUCAAA